GUCGGAGGCGCAGCCAUGUGGGUGUCGGCGCUGCUGGCGGCGCUGCUGGCGGCGGCGGGCGCGCAGUACGAGCGCUACAGCUUCCGCAGCUUCCCGCGGGACGAGCUGAUGCCGCUGGAGUCGGCCUACCGCUACGGGCUGGACCAGUACAGCACCGAGAACUGGCCCGAGAGCGUCAGCUACCUGGAGGUCAGCAUGCGGCUGUACCGCCUGCUCCGCGACAGCGAGGCCUUCUGCCACCGCAACUGCAGCGCGGCCGCGCCGCCGCCCGCGGCCCCCGCGCCCCGCAGCGCCGCCCUGCAGGAGCUGCGCCUCCUCUCCGGGGUGCUGCGGCGGGCGCAGUGCCUGCGGCGCUGCAAGCAGGGCCUGCCCGCCUUCCGACAGGCGCAGCCCGGCCGCGAACUGCUCGAGGAGUUCCAGCGCCGCGAGCCCUACAAGUACCUGCAGUUCGCCUACUUCAAGGCUAAUAAUCUUCCAAAAGCUAUUGCAGCAGCUCACACAUUUCUUCUGAAGCAUCCAGAUGAUGAAAUGAUGCAAAGAAAUAUGGCCUACUAUAAGAGCAUACCUGAUGCUGAGGAGCAUAUUAAAGACUUGGAGAUAAAGCCUUAUGAGAAUCUCUUUGUCAGGGCGGUGAGAGCGUACAACGGCGACAACUGGCGCACGUCCAUCUCGGACAUGGAACUGGCUCUUCCCGAGUUCUUCAAAGCCUACGACGACUGCAUAGCAGCCUGCGAAGGCUCCCGAGAGAUCACAGACUUUAAAGACUUCUAUCUUUCCAUUGCAGACCAUUAUAUUGAAGUCCUUGCAUGCAAAGUGCAGUGUGAGAGCAAUCUGACACCCAUUAUAGGAGGCUUUGUCGUUGAAAAAUUUGUGGCCACUAUGUACCAUUACUUGCAGUUUGCAUAUUACAAAUUGAAUGACAUGAAGAAUGCAGCUUCUUGUGCUGCCAGUUACCUUCUGUUUGAUGAAAAAGAUGAAGUAAUGAAACAGAACAUGGUCUAUUACCAGUACCACAAAGACAAGUGGGGACUUAAAGAGGAGGAUUUUCAGCCCAGAUCGGAGGCAGUUCGGUACCGCAACAUUACCACGCUCCAGCUGGAAUUGUAUGAAUUCGCGAAGGAACAUCUGAUGGAUGAUGAUGAGGGUGAAGUUGUGGAAUUCCUUGAUGAGCUGUUAGAAGUGGAGGAAAAGAAGGAAUCCUGAUGAGUGAAACCACCAGGAAGUAUUUUACAGAAGUGAAGACUCACCAUUGCUCCUUACCAUUGUUUUUGAUCGCCUGUAGUCCAGUUAGAUAUACCUCAAAGGUGC